UCACACGAAACGCCCGCUCCGUAGACAAGAUGAAGUCACAGCUAGCAGCAGUAGGCUUGUUACUGGUCAUUGCUCAAAUGACAACAACAACGUAUGCGGUAACAAUGCCUGACUACAUAAAAGUUUGCUCUCGCAAUGAUCCAAAGAUAAACGAAUGUAUUAAGAAUACCGUUCACGACAUGCGACCCUACCUCAAGGAUGGCAUCAAGGAGCUGAAUGUCCCCGCCAUGGAACCCCUGUUCAUAGGUGAUCUCAAUAUAUUGGAAGGCGGCAGUGCGGGUAUUAAUGUUAAGGCGAAAGAUUUGAAUAUCUACGGAGCAUCGAAUUUUGAAAUUAAAAAGCUCAAGUAAGUUG